ACAAUCUCUUUACUUCCAAGUUCCACCCCUUACAUUUUCUCCUUUGAUUUCCUUGGUUCCUACCGAUAUAUCUUAUGGAGUCCAAACGUCAAAGUUUGACACUCGCAUUCAUCUUGCUUCCGAUGCUGCUCGGCUUCGCAAGGUCCGAUAUCAAUCAAGACAAGGCGGAAUGCGCCACUCAGCUCGCAGCGCUCGCCCCAUGUCUCCUGUACGUCGGCAACCAGGCGAAAACCCCGACAGUAGACUGCUGCGGUGGGAUCAAACAGGUGCUGGAUAAAAGCAAGAAAUGUCUCUGUGAGUUGCUUAAAGAUAAAGAUGAUCCAAGCCUCGGCCUUAAGAUCAACGGCACUCGUGCGGCUACCCUUCCUAGUACCUGUCAUCUCCCUGCUAACAUAACCGACUGUGUCUCCCUCCUCCACUUAGCACCCAACUCCCAGGACGCAAAGUUAUUUGAAGGAUAUCAAAAGCUGGAAGAGGGACAUGCCACUACCCCAACUUCCGGGGAGCUCGAGUAGCAGACCAUCAAGUGCUGCAGAGAAGAGUGAGGGAGUAAGAGCGAAGGCAUGGGUGGGAGUUGAGAUGGCUUUGGCACUUUCACUCUGGAUUUCCUAUAUAUAAUAUUUAUGAAUUUGUAAAUCAUGUUUUUUUAAUAACUUUCAAAUAUAAUAUUUAUGGAGUGUAAUUCAUGCUUUCAUACCUUCAAAUAUAAUAUUUAUGAAUUAAU